AUGGCGCCAUCAGUGGCCUGCUCCUUCUUCUUCGACAACGAGCUGAUCGGCGAGCCCGGCAUGCCGGCGAUGGACGCGUGCGCGCUCUGCGCCAAGCCACUGGCGCGUGACCGCGACGUCUUCAUGUACAGAGGGGACACGCCCUUCUGCAGCGAGGAGUGCCGCCACGAGCAGAUGCACCUCGAUGCCGUCUGCGCCAAGCAGGCCACCCGGAGGCAGCAAAGAUUCUCGGCGGAGACGGAGUCCAACCGUCACCGUGGGCAGAGGCAGUCCAGGAAGGUGUCGGUCGCGAGCUAA